AAGUAUCAGUUGUUGGUUUCUAAUCGAAGAGACACAACAUGGCCGUUCUAUUAUUAAACUGGUGGCUGGAUUUCGCGGUCAUACUUCUGUCCGCCUUUGCUGCAGCUUAUUUAUACAUGACGCGGAAUUUCAACUACUGGUCAAAGCGAAAUGUGAUGGAGGUGUCGCCGAUACCGUUCUUCGGAAAUUUCUUUGACUGUUGUCUGUUCCGUAAGUCACCAUCGGAAGUGCUUCAGUCGUUAUACGAAAAGGGAAGCAGCAAUGAGGAAACACCUUACGUGGGGUUUUACGUCUUCGACAAGCCGGCUCUGGUCCUACGAGACCAGGAGAUCGUGAAGAGAGUCCUGAUCAAAGACUUCGACUACUUCGUGGACAGAUUCAUAAGGACGGACGUUUCGGACAGUUUGGGCUACGCGAAUAUAUUUCUGAUGAAGAAUCCGGCCUGGCGAACGAUGCGUGUUAAACUAACGCAUUUCUUCACAGCUGCGAAGCUCCAGAGGACCUUCAGACUGAUGGUGGAUGUCGGCGAGGACCUGGACAAACACUUGGAGGCCCUCAAACUUGGAGGCACUGGUCGAACGAUCGAGAUUAAGGAGAUUGCGGCUGAGUUCAUGACCGACGUGAUAGGGUCCUGCGCCUUUGGACUGAGGGUGAAUUGUCUGAAGAAUCCGAACGCGGAGUUCAGGAAAUGCGGAAAAGACAUGUUCCAGUUCGACUAUAAACGCGGCGCCGAGUUCACUUCGAUAUUUUUCUUCCCGGAGCUGGUCCGUCCUUUGAAACUCAAGUUCUUCUCCAAAGGGUCGACGGACUUUAUGCGAAAAGUCUUCAUGGAGGUUCUCAAUGAAAGGAUGAACAGCGGCGUUCGCAGGGACGAUUUGAUCGACUUGAUGAUCGGAUGGACGAAAUCGGAUAUCAAUAUUUCCGAGGAUAUCAAACUCGAGGGAGACUCGCUCGUCGCAUCGGCCGCUCUUUUUCUGUCUGCGGGAUUCGAGACCUCGUCGACAAUCAUGGCCUUUGGACUUUACGAAUUGGCUAUCCAUCUGGAUGUACAAUCCAAACUUCGGGAAGAGAUAAAUAAUGCGCUGGCCAAUAGUGGAGGCGAUAUAACAUACGAAAUGAUUAACGGUCUUCCUUAUCUGGACAAGGUCGUCUCGGAGACACUUCGAAAGUAUCCGUCUCUACCGUUUUUGGAUAGAAUGGCAAACGCUGAUUACGAAGUGCAGGAAACAGGCCUUGUAAUCGAGAAAGGUACACCGGUGUAUAUAUCUCUUCUCGGCAUGCACUACGACCCCGAAUAUUAUCCUGAACCCAACAAGUUUGAUCCGGAAAGGUUCAGCGACAAGAACAGGGACAAAAUACCACGCUACGCGUAUCUGCCCUUCGGAAUUGGUCCCAGAAGUUGUAUCGGUAUCAGAUUUGGACUGCUUCAAUCGAAAUUGGGGAUUCUGAAAUUAAUAUCCAACUACGAGCUCAGUGCUUGUGAAAAAACGACAAUUCCGCCACGUUUCGAUCCAAAGUCUUUGAUGAUAUCGACGGAUGGUGGCCUCUUUGUUAAUGCUCGUAAAAUCACCUAAAACGAACUAAACGAGAUCUA